AUGGCCGAGACUACUGCGGACAGUAAAAACGGGUCCGAUAGGACCUCGGCUUCCAUGGAGAAUUUCACGAACUUAGAGGUGGAUUUGUCCCUCGACGACAUAACGAUUGAUGAUGAUGAGUUUGAUAUCCCAGAAUUGGAAACAGCCCCGACGUUGGAUAGCAUUCUAAAUGAGAAUGAUGAGCCUUUUGAUGUGGAUGCUCCAUCAAUGAGUCUCUUCAGCCAAGCAUCUGAUGCCACAGCGCCUGUGUCUGAACCCAACACGCCUAGCAAAUCUCCACACAAAUUGAAUAGAAAGAAGAGUGUCCAGUAUCCAGUCCAUGGCUCUAUCAUCCGCCAUGUCGUGCUCAAAAAGAUCUCCUCUCAGCUCAUGUCUGCCUCAGAUCGCGUACAAGCAGGUAGCCCAACAGCCAUGGCCAUCUCACAGUACAUUGCUGUAGGGACAUCACACGGUCUUAUUCUUGUUUUCGAUCCAGAACAGGUGUUAAAAUGGUGUCUUGGUAGCACGGCGUUAGGAACGCAGUACGGAGCUGUGUCUGCGUUGGGCAUAAACAACGACUGCUCUAGGCUUCUGGCCGGCUUUGCAAGGGGACAGAUCACCAUGUGGGAUCUGACCAAUGGUAAACUGUUACGAACCAUCACAGAUGCCCACCCACCAGGCUCAGCAGUGCUGCACAUACAGUUCAGUGACGAUCCUACCAUGGCUAUAUGCAGCGACAGUGGCGGGUCUGUCUUUGAGAUGAGUUUCAAGCGAGUCAUGGGCAUGAGGACCUGUGAAUCCAGAUGUCUCUUCUCUGGCAGCCGUGGUGAGAUGGCUACCAUAGCUCCCCUCCACAUGAACACUAUCAUGCAGCACCCUAUGAAGGACAUGGCUCUACUAGCAAUGGCUACCCUGUCCAAGAUUUUUCUUGUCAGUGUGCGACCCAAGCUGACAGUCCUAUUCACAAAACAACUCAAGGGCGACCCGACUACUCUCCCCCUGCUGGCCUGGCAGUUUGCCAUCAUACAGUCGUCAGAUGUCACACGUGUCGUGGACCCUGUCUUAGCAUUUGCAAGAACCGACGUGAUUCAUUUUCAUCAGGUGCUGUACAAUGAUGAAGGCAUGGUGAAAGUACUGCCUCUACAGUCAAUUAAUCUACCAUACAAUCUCAUAGCACUGCACUGGUUCAACUCCAAGACCUUGGUUACCGUGGAUACCACUGAGCGUCUUCACCUCGUUGAUGUCCGUACAGAAGAGGAGCUUGAAGUCUUGGACCUGGUAGACAUCGAACUGGUAUACAGCAGCAGUCACUUCAAGUCGCUAGCCACAGGAGGGAAUGUCAGUAAAGCUAUGGCUUUGGCUGGUGAGCGUGCCUGCUACCAGUCCGUCGCUUCACACAAGGGACAACUGGUCAUCCUAGGAACUAAGUCGUUGCACGUCAUGACCACCAGGGCCUGGAAUGAGAGAAUAGAAAUUCUGGUGAAGGACGACAAGUACAAAGCAGCCUUGGCAUUGGCCCAUUCUUUCUACAACGGCAAAGCAGGGGCGGUAGUCGGUCUCUAUGGAAACAGUGGAGAAAGACGUCAGACAGUAGCACAAAAGAUCUUGGAUUUAUUGUUCACCUAUGUCGAUGUCUCUAUGAAGCACGGUCCCAUGAGGGGGGCAAUCCACUUACUGGAAGAGCAUUUCCAGAGAGUUGUGCCUGUUUGUGUGGAUUAUUGCCAGCUACUGGGCAGAAAGGAUAUUCUUUUCGGUCCAAUCUACGACCGCUUCCAACAAGACAGCAUAGCUAAGGGUGUCUUCCUGGAGUGUCUAGAGCCGUACAUUCUCAACGACACUCUCACGUCCAUCACGCCAGCCGUCAUGCAGGAUUUUGUGGACCACUACAAGACGCGAAUGAUGAUACACAACGUGGAGGCCUGUAUUGUACAUAUGGAUAUAGCCAGCUUGGAUAUACACCAGGUGGUGUCUCUGUGUUGGUCCCAUGGUCUGUACGAUGCCAUCAUCUACGUGUACAAUAAAGGCAUGAACGACUACAUCACCCCACUGGAAGAUUUACUGAAGGUGCUGGGCCAGGCGGUCCGAUCGGGAAAACAACUCACAGAUCAACAGAUUAAGCUAGGUAACAAGCUGCUGGUGUAUAUAAGUUGUUGUCUGGCUGGACGUGCCUACCCCUUAGGUGACAUCCCGUCUCAUCUUGCCAAAUCUGUCAAAGAAGGGGUCUGGAAGUGUCUUACAGCUCUUCACACCAAAGAAGCAAACGAAGAGGAGCAUGUCUACCCUUCCCUACGCACCCUGCUUCACUUUGAUACCAGGGAGUUUCUGAACGUUCUUGCUCUUGCCUUUGAGGAACCGGAGUUUGCAUCUCAAGGAAGUUCCUAUGCUGCUGGCUUGCAAUCUAAGCAACGAAUCGUAGACAUCCUACUCCAAGUCAUGGUGGAAAGCGUAGGCUUCUCGCCUGCCCAGGUGGGAUGUCUCUUCACAUUUCUGGCCAGGCAGAUGGCCAGGAAUGACAACAACAUUGUGGUCAACAGACUUCUCUUUGAACAGGUGCUAGAGUUUCUCUCUAAUCCCGACGAUGAAACAAGGCAUGAAGAAAGGGAGCAAGCCUUGCUGCAAUUGGUGAACGCUGGAGGACUGGAACAAGUCGAUCAGCAGAAACUACUCCGACUGGCCGAGGGAGCUAAAUUUUACCGUGUGACUGAGCUCCUGUAUGAAAAAAGACGGCAGUUUGACAAGAUUCUUCUGUGCUACCUCAGGGAUCCAUCCAGGAAGUUUGCAGUCUUCACUUACAUCAAUGACGUCAUGAUGGAGAGUAAUUACACUGAACCAGAGAAAGACGCUGUACAAAACGAGGCACUGGAAAACCUACAGGAUUUGGUGGCAAUUGACUGCAAGGAAACAGCCCAGUUGGUCCUCAAGAUCUUCUCCAGCUCUUUAGAGGAAGUGAUAGAUCGUUUAGAGGAUCGACCACGUCUGCAGUAUGAUUUCCUACUGGGUGUGUUUGAAUAUCGAGAUGCAACCAGUACAGCCCUGGCACCAAAGGAAUCCAAGUUUGAUCCAUAUCUGCACGAGAAGUACAUUGAUCUGAUGUGUCGGUUCAAUCCUAUAUCGGUUCAUCAUUACAUCAGGAAUGUGGAGGGAUAUCGUCUAGAGGAAACCUUACAGAUUGUCCGACGUCACAAGAUAGCAGAUGCCACAGCGUACCUCCUAGAGAUGGCGGGAGAUAUCCAGGGAGCAUUUAGUAUCAUGCUGGAAAGCUUAUCCAACAACAUAAGGAAUCUAUCGGAAAGCAUGGAGGCUGAUAAGGCUGCUGAUAAAGCCAAAAAUCCCAGUGUCUCCAUCUGCAGUCUGCAGGCAGGUUUGAUGGUCAUCAUUCAGUUGUGUCAGAGAAACUCAGCCAAACUGGAUGAACCAGACAGGGAGGCUUUGUGGUUUCCUCUCCUGGAUCUCAUGAUGGCAUCACAGAGAAAGCUGAGAUCCUCUCUGACUGAUGACCAUUUUGAAGCUUUCAAAGAUCUGACAAGACAUGUGCUGAACAGCAUGAUGGGAUACAUUGCGUUGCCAUCCGUCUUGCAGAAAAUCAUGCAGGAUCCAACUUACAGCACUGGCAAGUUUGGUGAAAUCAAGGAGCUGAUACUGGGAAUGCUAGACACCUAUAACUAUGAAAAGACCCUGUUGCGAACCACCAACAAUCUUCUGGAUCACGAUCUGUACUGGUCCCUUCACAACCUGACCCAAGCCGUCAAUCGAGGCCUGAUACCUCGCAAGGAAGCAUGCUUCAUCUGCAAUCGCAGCUUUGCCAAGAUCAGCGAGGACGAAACAGUGGUCGUCUUCAGCUGCGGUCAUACCUACCACACGUCCUGCCUCCAUACGUCCGGCUGUUCCUCCAUGAUCGAGGGCAAGCAGCACUGGAUGUGUUACCAGUGUUACAGCACGCGACGGACGGGCAAAGCCAGAAUGCUCAACAUGAGGAAGUCUCAGCACUUUGCCAGCGUGGCUGCGGGGAAGGGAACCACGGACAGGGCAGUGGUCAAGAAAGGAGGCGGGGCUGCCGGGGCAACCGCUGGGGCGUCUGAAAAGGCUGUGCAGUUGGAUCCAGAGCAGAUUGCCUCCAUGGACUUGCUCAGAAAACGACUGGAGGGGCCAUCAAAGCUUGCUGUACUGUGUGAAGUUGUCCGAUCUUAUCGUGACAAACCAGCAACAAAAGGCGCUGUCAGAUCGGAUAGCUUGCUGCUAUCGGAUGAAUUCAAGCUACGGCUUAUCCCGCCCCCUUCAGACCAGUGACCAAUCAGCCUCCAGGAGCACUGUCAGAUCAGAUAGCAUGCUCCUAUCAGACAAAUUCAAGCUAUGGCUAGCCCCGCCCCAUCAGAUCAGUGACCAAUCAGCAUCCAGGGGCUCUGUCAGAUCCGACAGCAGGAUCCUAUCACAAGACUUCAAGCCGAGGCUAGCCCUGCCCUUAUCAGAUCAGUGACCAAUCAGCAUCCAGAAGCACUGUUACAUGUUCCUAUUGGAUGAUUUCAAGCUACGGCUGGCUCCACCUUCAUCGAAUCCAUAACCAAUCAGCAUCCAGGAUGAAUGUCACAUGCUCCUGUCCCUCCCUGAGCCCACCAGAUCGGUGACCAGUCGGCAUCCAGUAGCGCAACACUAUCAAGUCUGAUAGCAUACUUCUAUAAGAUGACUUCAAGCUACAAGCCUCGUGUUUUACUCAGUUAUCUGAGUCAUUGAAAAAUUCAUAUGCUACUUCAUGUAUAUUUAAAGAAUCAGUUGUAUCUUCUUUUUUUUAUAUAAAUCGUUGUUAUUCCAUGUAUAUCAAGCCCAUUUUGUUGUAUUUAUACCUAUUGCAAUCUUGGGUAUAUUAUGUAAAUAGAGGUACGUUUUUCAUGCUGCUGAAAAAAACACCCUUGUAAAUUGCUGAAAAACUUGUCUGUAAUGGCUUGUCAAGUAUCAUGUUUUUUUUUUUUUAAUUUUCAUCUUCAGUUUUAUCCCUGGCUUGAUAAAUCAUGUAGAGGCCUUGAACACCCAAAUCAAAUGGAAAUGAUCUCAAUUUUGGACUCACAUUGUAGGAUUUGACAUUGAAGAAGAACACACAAGUCUGGUGCCUAGAAUCUCCAAAAUCCCAAACGGGAGACAAGGUGAAUGUUUUGAAAACCUUGUUAGACUCACCUUAGUUAACCUGUGAUACGGAGAAGGUUGAUUCUCAGAACUCAUAUUGCCUCAAAUUGCCUGUGAAUUAAAGAAUGGUCUGCUAAUGAAGUCAAAUUUUUGUGGAAAAAUCACCGAAUAAUACUCUAUCUUUGGCUGCACAAUUGACAUAGAAAUAGUGAUGUACAUGUACUAAUUGGAAUCUGCAAGUGUUUUAUUACAAGUUACAUGUGUAUACUAUACUUUAAUAGUUCAUACAGUUUUUUAUAGAAAAAAAAUGAAAACGUCUGUGAAGAUUGCACUUUUCUGGGUCAAGUUUAGCCACUCAGUGUUACAUGUGUAAAUGUAUUUUGUUUUCACAGGUAUUCAGAAGUUAAUGUCUAAAGGGAACAGAAUUUUCAGAAAUUGCCCAAGUAUUGAGCAACUCUCUGUUUUAUAAAAUGUAAUUUACAUCCAUCUUCAGACUAAGCAGGUGCUUGAUGGAAUUUUCCGUAGGGGGUUUAUUCGUGUGGAUUUAUAAAAGUUGAAUUUCAUUUACUUCAAAACUGCCAAGUGAUUGUGCAAAUGCUGGGAGGAUUUCCCCUAUCCCUUCAGUUUUAUAUCUUAUUGCUGAUUUCAAUUCAUGCCUAAAAUUUCGCAGAGAUUCAUUUGCUGUAACUAUGUGUGACAUGUAUACACAGAGAAUAUUGAACUUCGUAUGCACAAUCAAUUCCAUAAUGACUUUCUGGCCCAAUGCCAACAUAUAGUUCUAUUACAGGUCUAUAAGUUUUCAUAUAUGAUGGUUUCAAUAUAUGUACUUGUAUUUAUUUCUUUUUACGCAACACUGGAGUAAAUCCCUGUCAUCUGAUUGGUGGGUCGUUGAUCACAUGUCGUUGAAUUAUUCGUCCCAACACCUGGCCCGGCCGCACCGCAAAAAUAGAAGUUCUCUUCCACGAUAAAAUAGAAGUUCCAUUGAACAGCCACACUUUUGGUGGCUCUGACUAAUCAGAUGACGAGGAUUUAUUCAGGUGUUAUAUAAAACAAAUAGUGAAUGUUUCACAUGUGUGCAAUGGAAAGAAUAAUUUCAUGGGGUGACGGAUGGAAAGUUCCAUUUCCACUCUGCGAACGUUCCAUCUGUCACCUCAUGAAAUUAUUCCUAUCAUUGCAAUCAUAAACAUUCAUUGUUUGUGUAAUGUAUUUGUAUACAAUAUAUUGCAAAUGUCCAAUCAGUCUGGAAUUUAUUACGCAUCAAGGAAAUAGGAUAUAUCUGCGAAUAAGUUGAAUGUUUUUAAAUAUGUGCAAUUAUUUUUUUCCAAUUAGAUCUUUUUAUAUAAUUUGUUUAAUUACGGUAUGUGGAACAUAUUUCAAAUAAUUUUUUUUUAUUUGUCAGCCUUGAAUGAGUUAUUUGCUAAAAGCUUGCAUUCAGAAAGUCGAGGCAGGUAUACACUUUUGAGAAAUGGUGUCAAACAGCAGCGCAUGUUAAUUAUGAUGGAAACUGAAUAUGGACAAAUGUUACAAUAAAAAGCGAAAUUUCUCCCA